UCUAUGUUCUACACGGAGGGAUUUUGUCAACGUACCUGAUAAUCGAAUGAGUUUGCGCUCUACGUACAAGGAAGUGCGGAGAAAUUGGUGCGCUUUUUUCAGCUGAGUUGGCUCAUGUCGAAAGCUAGUUAUUUAUUGGUCUUAUAUUCAUAUAGCCUGUGAUAAAUUGCUUCCAAAGUACGGGGUAAUAAUCUAGAAGAGGCGACACAUUUCAUCUUUGACAAUGCCCCGGAGAAAGAGGACUGCAGGCAGCAGCUCGGAUGGGACGGAGGACUCAGAUUUUUCCGCUGACCUCGAGCACACCGAAGUUUCCGAGAGCGCGCGCAGGCGCAGCAGCACGCGCUUGACUCGCGCAUCACUGCGCCUCAGCCGGAGCUCACAAGAUAACUGCAGCUCCGUACAAAGCAGUUCUCCUGCAGGUGUGGGCCCCGAUGAAGGCCUGGAUUCAGUAUCAGAGUCUGCAGCAGCAGCAGCAGCAGCAGUGGCAGCAUCCAUCUUCUCCUCUGGACGCAGGGUCACGCGCAGUCACCAGGGGGCGACAAACCCCACUGCUAAAAAAUACCCCCUCCGUCAGAGCAGGUCGUCCUGCUCGGAUACUGAAGCUAAUGCAGAUCUGAAGCAGGGGCCAGACCGGGAUGAGACCCCUCCUCGCACCCCAACAGGCAACGCCCCUUCCUCAGAGUCAGAUAUCGAGGUUUCGAGCCCCAGCAAUGACCUCGUGUCUUCUAGCAACAAUACUGUGGUUUCACAGGAGGAGGAUGAGAGAUUGGCCAAAGAGCUGUCACUCAAAGAGGCCGCCGCCCACGACUUGUCCCACCGACCCAAACGACGACGCUUCCACGAGAGUUACAACUUCAACAUGAAGUGUCCCACUCCUGGGUGCAACUCACUGGGUCAUCUAACAGGGAGACACGAGAGACAUUUUUCCAUAUCAGGAUGUCCUCUCUACCACAACCUUUCUGCUGAUGAAUGCAAGGGCAAGGCUUCGACGCGUGACAAACAAACCGAGGAAAGGACGCUGUCACACCGUCACGAGGAGAGCAGACACUCCACAAGAAGCCAGGCCCCGACAGAACGUCAGCUGCGCUACAAGGAGAAGGUGACGGAGCUCCGAAGGAAGAGGAACUCUGGUCUCAAUAAGGAACAGAAGGAAAAGUACAUGGAACACCGUCAAAGCCACGGGACGAGCCGGGAGCCUCUGCUGGAGAACAUCACCAGUGACUACGACCUCGAGCUGUUCAGGAAAGCGCAGGCACGUGCUUCGGAGGACCUUGAGAAGCUCCGUCUGGCCGGCCAAGUGUCGGAAGGCAGCAACAUGAUAAAGACCAUUGUGUUUGGUCGCUACGAGCUUGACACCUGGUACCACUCUCCAUACCCCGAGGAGUACGCCCGCCUAGGGAGGCUCUACAUGUGCGAGUUCUGCCUUAAGUAUAUGAAGAGCCAGACCAUUCUGCGCAGGCACAUGGCCAAAUGUGUUUGGAAGCAUCCUCCAGGGGAUGAGAUCUACAGGAAGGGGAACAUUUCUGUAUUUGAGGUGGAUGGAAAGAAGAACAAGAUUUACUGUCAGAACCUGUGUUUGCUGGCGAAACUCUUCCUAGACCACAAGACUCUGUAUUACGAUGUUGAGCCUUUUCUCUUCUACGUCAUGACCGAAGCUGACAACACAGGGUGCCACCUAGUAGGAUACUUCUCCAAGGAGAAGAACUCUUUCCUGAACUACAAUGUUUCCUGCAUCCUCACUAUGCCACAGUACAUGAGGCAGGGCUAUGGCAAGAUGCUCAUAGACUUCAGUUACUUGUUGUCCAAGGUAGAGGAGAAGGUGGGUUCACCUGAGCGGCCCUUGUCUGACUUGGGCCUUAUCAGCUACCGGAGUUACUGGAAAGAGGUGCUGUUGCGCUACCUGUACAACUUUCAGGGCAAGGAGAUCUCCAUCAAAGAGAUCAGUCAGGAGACAGCAGUGAACCCAGUGGAUAUUGUUAGUACACUGCAGUCCCUCCAGAUGCUCAAAUACUGGAAGGGAAAGCACCUGGUUUUAAAGAGACAGGACCUUAUUGAUGACUGGAAGGCCAAGGAAACCAAACGUGGUAACGGAAAGACCAUUGAUCCCACAGCCUUAAAAUGGACACCACCUAAAGGGACAUAGAGGAGCUUCCUGUCACACUCCCAAACACCACAACACACUCAAACACAGUCAGAGCCUCCUCUAUACACUGGCAUGCUCACAUACCCUGAGCCUCACACAUGCACAGAAUGCUUUCAGCAGCCACAGCACAGUUAAUAAGAGAGUCAGCCAUUACUCUGGGUUUAAGUAGUCACUGUUAUGGCUUAGGCAGUUAACUCCAGUCCAACAAAUAUGAAACAUGAAGCAGAUACAGUAUGUUCUUGUAUUCAGUUAUUUCGGUUGGCAUGUGUGGUUGGUUUGUAAGAUCUCGUGCUGCCAACUGUAACCAAACGAGGACCUCCUACAUUUAACCUUGUACAUGGGAACAAUGACAAAUGUGUAUCAGACCUGAACAUGAAAAAUAAUAGUCAAUUAAUUGGAAUGAACAGG